AGGGAUAGCGUUGAAUUAGCACGGAGAAAAACAAGGGACCUGGAGGGCAAUAACACUGUCAAAAAGAAGCUGCGUUGGUUCGAUGAAGUGCAUGUGGAAAAAGAGAAAGAUAAACAGAACAAAAUGAAAAGCAAAUCCUUCAAUCUCUGUCAACCAAAAAACAACUCGGACGACCACCAGCUAAGUCUUAGUGCGUUCUCAGGGACUUCCAAGACUGGACCCGGCAUGACCCCUGCAGCCUCCACUGGUUAUCAGUUUACAAAAGAAGCUUGGGCAGAUGUUCAAGUCAACUUGCCCCAGCGACAAACCGAUGAGGUCAAGGUACACCGCAACAGCAUCAGAGCCAGUGCCCCCAAGGUCCCUCGGAAAGAGCACUUUGGCAGAGCGGGUCCUGUUUCCUCACGAACAAGAAAGGGCACGGUCAUACGACCUCAGUCUGCCACCGAGGUUAGUCAGAUUGCCAAAACCCAAGGGAAGGUCAUGGUGCCACGUCCACCUCCUCGGAUGGAAUCUGCGGAGGAAAAGACGCCGUGCAUCACCAAAAUUCCAUAUGGCAGGGAUCACGCGAGCGCCAUCAACAAACAGGCCAUGGCUGUUGAGCAGGUCCUGAACAAGAAUAACUCAGAGGGCCAAAUGCAUAAAGAAAUAACAACAGAAAAUACUGUUUUAGACACACCACUGCCACCGUCAUACGCCUCCCCACUCUCAGAGGGCAUUGUGACGAGCAUGCCCAGUUCAAGUCACCACUACAGAAGAAGGGGGGAGAAUGCAUGUAAUGAAAAAGACUUCUGUUUAGAUUGUACUCCCACAGAUGAAGAAAUUUCACAGCUCUGGCAUGGCGUCCGCAGUGCCUUAACCACAAAGGAUGCAAAACCGAUACUGAAAGCACCAGCCCUGGAGAGAGGGCGAGUCUUAAGAAAGCCCUGUACAGACAAAGGCAGACAGGCUCCUGGCUCAGAGAGUAGAAGACUUCAUCAGAUCUCUCAGGUACAUGCGUGCAGUUGCGUAGUUGCCCUGUGGGAG